AUGUCUGUGAUUCAAUUAGUUACAUCUGUUGAUCAAGCUGGGGCAGCUUUAACUAUGCUAACCACAACAAAAGACAAAUUUGAUCUCCUACUUAUUGCUAGUGACAUGAGUGAAGUGGAUGCCAUCACAUUCCUCCGAUUAACAAAGAACAUGGACAUACUAUCAAUGGGAGGAGCAGAUGAUAACUUCCUAUUGAAAGUGCUUGAAAAUGGUGGUUUUUGUGUAUUGAACACACCACUUACUGAUGAAGUUAUAAUGGACAUAAGACAGGAUGUUAUAAGAGCACGCUUUCAUAAGUUUAAAAUGACUGAUCAAUCUGAGAAUCAAAGAGAACAAGAAUGUGAAUCUGGCCAGAAGAGAAGACCAAGUGGUUGUGCAAAGAAGAAGAGGGUUCGUGUGGAAUGGACAGAAGAAAUUCAUUCGAGAUUCAUUAAAGCUAUUCAUGAACUUGGAGAAAAAAAAUGUCAUCCAAAGAACAUACUUGAACUUAUGGGAGUACCAGGACUUACCAGAUUACAAGUAGCAAGUCAUCUUCAGAAGUGUCGGCGUGAAGUAUCCAAGGUGCUACAUGGAACACCAAAUUCGUCAAGUAAAAAGAAGUUGUCGAGUAAUGUGUGUCAAAAAGAUGACUUGAGAAUGCUUGGCAAUAAUCCUAGUUUUGCUACACAUGUUGCAAAUGAAGAUCAAAUAGGUACCAUCAAUGAUGGUACAUUUCCAUUCAAUGAAGGAACAUCGUAUGUGAAUAAUCAAAUUAUCAAGGAUUUUCCCGCUAUGAAUGGUUAUGGAUUCGAAAACCAGGGAGUGGUGUAUUCUGUACCUCCCGAUUAUAAUCAUAAUAGCUUUCCACCAAAUCAGGAAAAUCAAGUGAUGCUUACCCAGGGAACUUCAGAGUUCACUCAAAAUAUCUAA